UUGGAUUUUAAUUUUUAGUGGUGGUGGAGGGUUUUAGCGCCAACGGUUAGUUUAGUGAGCGUUGGACUAUUUACUAUUGCUAGUUGUGUUGUGUUAUGUAGCUCGCCUAAACUGAAGUUUUUAAGUUGCAGGUUCUAUGUUCCUAUGCGAAACGUUAAACAAAGAAGUUGCAAGAGAUCUGGUCUUUGAAACCCAAGCAUUCUUGUGGUUCAGAUGGAAUUUCGUCUUAAGUACUGGGAGAAGAAAUCAUGAAUAAUAUAAAAUAGAUUAUGAUGGCCAAAAUUAACCUACACAAAGAAAAUAAGGAAAUAUUUACAAACUAGGAAAUAAUGGAAUUUACAAAUAUGAUUUUAACUGCUGACUACACUAAUCAUCUUAUAAAUGAGAUAUACGAACUUGACAGUGAAAAUUUUACUAAUGGAUGGAAAGGACAAGUUCGUAGAGUAAUUGGCAAAUCAGUCAAUUAUGAAUAUUCAUACAUUGAUCACUCAGAUAACUGGCUCUCCAUAUUGUCUAAAAUAGCUGAAUGGAGUAGUUUAUCUGAAUUAUUCUUGGGUUGCUGGAAAUUGGCCGUUAUUACCAUGCCAUUAAUUUUCAAAGAACCCAGAAUGCAGUGGAUGAAUAUCCUUCAAAUGCUGCAUGAAAAAGUAUUGAAAGAAGAAAUAAGCUAUGAAGAAGCACAACCGUUCUUUCAAGUUGCAGAAAAAAAAUUUGGUCUCAGUUAUUUCAAAGCUCCCUAUUUUUGGAGUUCAGUAAGGAGUUUUGAACAGAAGUUUGCUGAGAAAAAUAAUUAUUCCCAAGAAGAUACUAACAGAAAAAUAAUUGAAAUUUACAAUAAACAAUUUUCAAGGCCAUAUCAAGGCAUGCAAGAAGAAUGGGAAAAGUUCAAGGGAAUUAUCAAAAAAUUCAAUUUUACUUCUGACCAGAAAAUAGAGAUACAAGAAUUAUUUUAUGCUAAUUCUGAAGAAGCAGAACAAAUUUUAACAGAGUAUCCCGACAAUUUGGAAGAGAAUGAAAGAUUGCACCAUUUAAAAUUUGAAUUCUGGGUGGACAAUUUGCUUAACAAGAGUCCGCCAAGCGUGGAUUUAGUAGACAUCCUAUGCGAAGAAUCAAUUUUCAAUGAUCCAGAUAGUUUUUGUUUCUAUCAUGUAUAUGUGAAAGUACUUGCUUCAGAAGCUUUCUCUGUGGAUCCAAAUAGAGAGCAUAAAUUGUUUUCUAUAGUUAAAAGAGCAUUAACUUAUGGCAGAAGUGGAUGUUCCAAUGCAAAUGGUAGAUUCAUUGAGCAUGCACUUAUUGUUAGUGCUGAUAUUUUAAAUUAUGAAAUGUUUUCAGAACUUGUGGAUAGGACAAUGAGAUCAGUUUCAGUGUUUUCAUGCCAAAGUACGUGGUUCUACAGUAGAAGAGCUAUCAUAAACGCAACAAAAAACAAAAUAUUGUCUGAAGGUCGGGAUGUAUCUGAGCUCAAGAAGGUCUUUGAAAGAACAAUUGAACCAAUGACAUUAGAAUUUUUUAAGAACAAUACACUACCUGAAGAAACUAAAUAUUUAUCUGGUAUCGAUAAAAUACUUUUAGAACUAUUCAAGGUCUGGAUUCAUGGAGAAAAGGCAAUAAGGCAACUAUCUUACCCUCUGAUGUUUGGCAUAUGGAGAGAAUACUUGGAUAGUAAUCCACUUGUUCUUUUAGCUUACGGGGACCUCGUCAGGAGUUAUGGAACUUACGAAGAAGCAGAAGAUGCAUAUAAAUAUGCACUUGGUGAAUUACAAACAAUAAAUGAUUCAGAAAAUACAAGUUUCUUGACUAGAAAAUGUCAUCUGCAGCUUUUAUCCAAUUAUUUAGAACUUCAAAUGACCAAUGGUUCAGCAACAAAUCAGGCCAGUCUAAGCCGAGAACUUUCAAAGUUGCAAUCGCUGUUCACACAAACCUACAAUGAAUUGUAUGAUACAGCUUCUGGAGUUAAUGGGAUUUCAUUUGAUACUUUGAAUAUUUCAGGAGUGAAUUCAUCUCAAACAGAGGAACCAAUCGCAAGACAGUUAAGGUCAUUAAAUGUAGAGUCUUGUGACUCGCAAACUACAUCGUCUAAGUAUGCUUCAGAGGAUCAGUCAACAUCAUCAGUUACUUCAAAGAACAUGUCAACUGGUUAUUCGAGCAAUAUUAAAGACUUGGAUAAUACAAGCAAAACAGGACACCCCCUUUUUAUAUCGAAUUUAUCAUUCAUAGCUGAUGAAAAUGAUAUAAAAAAGGCAUUCAACGAGAAGGGUAUAUCUGUGAAUGGGAUCGAAUUGAAAAGGCUCCAUGGCAAACGUCAACAUUUAGGUUAUGGAACAUUAUAUUUGGAAUCCCAGGAUCAAAUUAAACAAGCAAUAGAUACACUGGACCGGAUCAUUAUUCAAGGCCGCCCUGCGUAUUUGUCAUUGCACCGAGGCAACAAACCAAGAUCACAAUAUCAGGCCUUCACCAACUCAAGGAAUAAACUACCAAAUGUGCUCCAUCUCUCUGGAAUACCUGACAGUUGGCGAAAUCCUAAGACAAUUGAAAACGCUUUCAUCCGAUACGGUCACAUCAGAAGUAUCUCUGUAAAUGAUAAGCAGGAGCCUAUUACAGCUAAAGUGGAGUUCUUUAUGCCAGAAGAUGCGAAUGUUUUGUACAAUAAGGUGAAAGAAGGCGAUGAAUUUAAACAUUUUGGAAUUACUGUUAGGAAAUGCUUCCCUUCAAAGGCAAAAGGAAAUGUUAAUCCACCCAAAGGAAUCACUUCACAUAUGCAAAUGGAUGUGGAUGAAUUGAGGCAUUCCACAAGAACAAAGCGUGCAUUUGAGGCACCUCUUGAUAUUGGAUUACCCUCCAAGCGGAAAUUUAUACUUCAGAAAGGAGGCCCAAAAUCUCGCAUGAAGAAGAAAUUGAAUGUGCCUUCCCUGUCAUUACAUCCAAUACAACCGGAACUAAAUCUGGAAGAACUGGUCAUAAGACCGAGUGGCUCUGAUCAACAGCAGGUGACUUCAGAACCGGAUUUUCAACAGGAGGUGAAAUCAGAACCGGAUCUUCAACAGGCAGUGACCUCAGAACCAGAUCUUUCACUAUCCAGUCAAAAUUCAGAAAGUUUGUAAUUUUAACCCAGUGGCAUGCUAAUUUGUACAUAGAAAUAUGUUUUUCUUGGUUUAGUUUGUUUUAUAAACAAAUUGCAAUAGCUUGAGUUUUAUAAGAAAUAUAGUUAUGAAAUUUAUAUACAGAUAUAAAUAGAAAGAGUUCAGAGCCUGUUCAGCACUGCUAUUUAGCAAACAACAGCACAACUAUGUAAUCAGAGUUUAAUUGUAUGACCAUCCCCGUAACAGCAUGAGUGCAGUACCUCUUUUUUCCCACGGUUAAUACUCAUCAUAGCAUGCUAAUGGGUUAAUAAAACUUUGGCAGCAACCUAGUUACCACGCAUUGUUAAAUGUAUACCAAACAUAUACAGUAUAUAGAAAUAUAAAUAUGUAAAAUAUUAAACAAAUACUUGUAAGAAGCCAAGCCUUCUCACACAAGCUUUGAUAGAGGUAAAUGUCCUCUACAAUAAGUAAUUUCUCUUUUAGUUAUAAUUAAAUAUUGUAUGUAUGUUAUCAAUAUACAGUGUUUGUUAUCAAUAUACAGUGUUUUGUUCUCAACUUACAAAAGUCAGAUUGUAAUAGUUCUGUUACACAACAAUGUGCCAACAAAGUUUUAUAUUAACAUCUAAUAGCGAUUAAGGCUACAAACAAUACUUCAUACCACCAAAUAUUCAUGUUUUGGUGAACUUUUUACUCUGUGCUUUUUGAAAGGUUAACAGAAUCAAACUUUCACCAUGAUUGUUACAAAAAUUAAACACUACUUUUCGAUGAUUUGAAUCUGUUCUCUUCUUCAGGUGUCAAAACAAAACACCAACAUAUUUUAUAUCUGAAGAAGAGGAUCGAUUCCAAUCCUUGAAACAUAAAGUUCUAUACAAAAUAGCAACAAUGUAUGAAAAGUUAUGUUUAAAAAUAAGUAAAAGGGAAAACAAAAUGAAAGGUUGUAUAUAUACAGUGUGAGUUAAAAGUGUGGAUACACUCUAUUUAGUUUUUUAUGGGUAAAGCUUGGAAGGAUGGAACUCGGGACACCUUUCUAGGAAAUAGAAG